ACUUCAAACCAGUAGUCAAUGAAUAUACAUAAGUGCUAGCAUCUCGUAUCUGUUAAGUUGUUUUAAUGAAAAAAUGUUUAUUAUACUAUUGAGUGCUUGUGUGAUAUCUAAACUAGAAGCAGCUAGGAUUUUGGGAGUUUUUCCAACACCUUCAAUAAGUCACCAAGUGGUUUUUCAACCUCUGAUGAAAGAAUUAGUUAACCGUGGCCAUGAAGUUGUAGUUAUCACAACAGACCCUAUUUAUCCCAGCGGUCAAGGCCCAAAAAAUUUGACGGAAAUCGAUUUGCACGACAUAUCGUAUGAUAUCUGGACUAAAUUAACUAAAUCUGGCGAGUUUAAUAUUGAUGAUCCAAGACAUCAAGCAAAAAUCAUUUUUGAAAAAAUAGCUUUGGUUUUCGAAAAACAAAUGAAAACGCCAUUAGUGCAAAAGCUUUUAAAUGAUAAAAAUAAUAAUUUUGACCUAGUGUUUACUGAAUCUUGCAUAAGGUUAUCGUUAGUUUUUUCGUAUUUAUACAAAGCGCCUUUAAUUGAAAUAAGUUCUCUGGGUGGCUUGUAUGGAACUUUCGACGGCAUAGUUUCUCCAAUACAUCCAUUGCUUUAUCCCAUUGCAAAUCAACAAAAAACCUAUCAGCUUUCAAUGUGGGAAAAAAUAUAUCAAUUAUAUGUCUAUUAUGGCAUCGGUAGUGCAUAUCAAAAUUUAGAAAAAAUGGAAAACAAUUUGCUAAAAACUUUAUUUGGACCUAAUACACCAGAUUUACAAGACUUAAAAAAGAAUGUUGAUAUGCUUUUCUUGAAUAUACAUUCUGUGUGGGAUUUCAACCGACCUGUUCCGCCUAAUGUUUUGUACUUAGGAGGUUUGCACUUGCAAAGAAAACCGGUUAAGGAAUUACCCAAGGAUUUAAAGAAUUUUUUAGAUUCAUCCAGCGAGGGUGUCAUUUAUAUGAGCUUCGGGACAAACGUUUUGCCGUCUGCGCUACCAGCAGAGAGGAUUAAAAUAAUUACCAACGUCUUCUCUGAUCUUCCUUAUAAAAUUUUAUGGAGAUGGGAUAGUGACAAAAUUCCUAAGCAUUCUAAAAACGUUCUAAUUUCAAAAUGGUUUCCACAGUCAGACUUACUUGGUCAUCCCAAUAUUAAAUUAUUCGUCACGCAAGGGGGACUUCAGUCUACCGACGAGGCUCUCACAGCCGGGGUGCCGCUCGUUGUAAUACCGAUGCUAGGAGACCAGUGGUAUAAUGCAGAACAAUAUCAAUAUCAUGGUAUAGGAAAAAAAUUGCUAAUCGAGGAUCUCGAUGAAAAUUCUUUUAAAGAAACCAUAUUGAGUGUGAUAAGCAACUCUAGCUAUCGUGAAAACGUUGUUAGACUGCGUAAGAUUAUGCGUGAUGAAACACAGACUCCUCUUGAGAAGGCUGUAUGGUGGACGGAAUACGUGAUACGACAUAAAGGUGCUGCUCACCUCAGAGCUCGCGGCGCCCAUAUGCCUUGGACUGAGUACUACGAAAUUAACUUAAUAAUAGUUUUAAUUUCAAUAUUGUUUAUAGUUACAGCUGUACUAGUUGUCACACUGAAAUUAAUAAUAUCUCAAUUAAAUUUUGUUGCAGUAAAGCGUAAGUUGAAUUGAUAUUUUUUUCAAUAGAGAUUGUAAAUAUAUUUUUCCGUGAUCCGUUAUAUUAUAAACAAAUAGAUAGAUUAAUAUAACAACCUUAUUUGAUUUUUUUCAUGUAUUUUAUUAUUACAAUUUCAAUAUAUGUA